AUGAGUGAGUUGAAAUCUCCGCCGUCGCAGGGACAGAAGCACAUCGGCAAUCGCUUGCACUACAAGUUUACUCGGCUUUGUACUUUCUACCAAUCUGGUACUUGCUCUCGAGGCUUGAACUGCUCAUUUGCUCAUAGUCGGGAUGGCCUACGUCAACAGCCGGACUUCUUCAAGACGCGGCUGUGCGAAGACUUUCGGCGGGGCAGUUGCACUGCAGGUCCCAACUGCAACUUUGCCCAUGGGAGCGAAGAGAUGAAGAGAGUGGCGCACGAAAGGCGCCACCUGCGAAAGGAACCGAACCAGCUGCCCUUGGACGUGCGCCCAGGUGGCGCUUCAGGCUUUGGAGGCGACUAUGUGGAGCCCCAGGUGAUCCGAAGGGAAAAGUCGAGUUCCUCCAACAAAGUGAGCAAGGUCGAUCAGACGGAGGCCAUACCGGAGGAGUGCCAAGACCUCUCUAAUGUGGCACCGGAUGCGAGCCUGGGCCAGGCCGUCCGGGUGCCCAACCGAGUGAACGGUGACCUGGGCCCUCGGUUCGCGUCCGAUCGCAGCAGCUUCGUGCCGUUCACCCAGCAGCCGGCCGACGUCCCUGACGUUUACGACCCGACCCGCGUCGCGACGAAGGCGAGGUUCCUGGUUCCAGCUCCUUGGCCCGGGGGUUUUGGGAUGCCAGACGAUGCCAGAGAGGAGUUGUUGGAUGCCGGAGCUCAAGAAGGCUACUGGCUUUAA